AUGGCGGCGAGAAGCCCCAACGUGAGGCUACAGAAGGCUAUCGACAGGAAGAACCAGAGCUCGAUGCUGAAAUGCCCGCACUCUGCGCCACCGAAGCGUCAGAGAGCUCGGUUCGCGAGGCUGAGCGCAGAGACUGAGGCCGCGGGGAAGGCACCGGCGGAGCCCAAGCCAAGGGUCAAGCGGAUCUGCGCAAUGCGAGCAUCCCCAAUUCGCACCAAGACAGCGAGGGUCGAAUGUCCCAGCGAGAGGAAGAAGGCACUGACCACGCCGCGGAGCAAGGCCGUUCGGCCGAGGCAGGAGCUGUUCCACAGCGUGAAGCACCAGAAGGAGUCGUUGGCCGCUGCAUCUAGGAAAGGGACGGUCGUCAAGUCUCUGUUCAUGAGCACGACGCCAAAAAAGGAACCGGUCCAGACGCCAGCGGCAGACAAGAGCAAGGGGGCGGUGUUCGAGGUAUGUUCAAAGCUGAGGAAGCUGAACUUGGCGUGCUGGGAGGUGCCGAGCAGGUACAUGUCUCAGCCUCAGCCGAAGAAUAUGAAGACUGCCAAGAAGAGUGAAGAGACCACGGUGGCCAAGAGCGAGAAGCGGGAGCUGGAAUCCAAGACCAAUUCCAAGAAGAAAAUUUUAGGACGCUCAGUGAAGCGUGCUAAUGCCGGACCUGAUGGAGAGAACCGAAAUGGUUGCAGCACUGCUGUAGACGAGAACUCACUUGCAGACACUGCUGGCUCCCAUCAGGAAAGGAAGGUUGUGCUGCAGGAAUUGAGAAUCGAGGUGGAUGCAUCGCGAUGUGGCAAUUCAGAUGACAACAAGGAGAAUGUGUCCAGUGCUCCGAGUGAAGAAGAAUUGGACAAUUCAUCACAUUAUGGAAGUGAAAUCAGACUGUUGGAGAACAAUGAUAAUGUUCCUCUGAAGGAGAAUGUUGCUCUGAAGGUGGCCAAAUUGCAGAAAAAAGUGCAUCAAGAGCAGGCAAGAAAGCUCAAGAAAACCACCAAUCCUAGGGAAUACUACGACCCAAACCGUUCAAUGCUGGAGUUGGUCUUUGCUCCUGCAGACGAAUGGAUUGGUCGAAGUGACACUGAAAUCAUCGAUGCAACUAUGGAAGAGCUAGCCAAGUUAUUUCCUGAUGAAAUUGCUGCUGAUCAGAGUAAUGUUGUUGAAAACAUUGCAAGGAAGAAUGGUAUCAAUAAGAGUGAGUUACUUGAUAGAGAAGCAGAUGAUCUUGCUGUUCGUAUUGCUCUUGGUGAGACACACGUCAUUGCAGAGACUAAGAAAUUUCUAUCAAGGUAUGAUGUGAAGCCGGGCAAUGCCAUUCUUGCUGAGGACAAGCAUUUGCCAAUGUAA